AUGGGGAAUGUUGGAACAUCUGCCAUAUCUUUACACAAUUCACCUACCACUGACCAUUACUCUGUUGAACUGUCUGGACACCAAAGCAAUUCACCUACCACUGACCCUUACUCUGUUGAACUGUCUGGACACCAAAGCAAUUCACCUACCACUGACCCUUACUCUGUUGAACUGUCUGGACACCAAAGCAAUUCACCUACCACUGACCCUUACUCUGUUGAACUGUCUGGACACCAAAGCAAUUCACCUACCACUGACCCUUACUCUGUUGAACUGUCUGGACACCAAAGCAAUUCACCUAUCACUGACCAUUACUCUGUUGAACUGUCUGGACACCAAAGCAAUUCACCUACCACUGACCCUUACUCUGUUGAACUGUCUGGACACCAAAGCAAUUCACCUACCACUGACCCUUACUCUGUUGAACUGUCUGGACACCAAAGCAAUUCACCUACCACUGACCCUUACUCUGUUGAACUGUCUGGACACCAGGGCAAUUCACCUACCACUGACCCUUACUCUGUUGAACUGUCUGGACACCAGGGCAAUUCACCUACCACUGACCAUUACUCUGUUGAACUGUCUGGACACCAGGGCAAUUCACCUACCACUGACCAUUACUCUGUUGAACUGUCUGGACACCAGGGCAAUUCACCUACCACUGACCCUUACUCUGUUGAACUGUCUGGACACCAGGGCAAUUCACCUACCACUGACCAUUACUCUGUUGAACUGUCUGGACACCAGGGCAAUUCACCUACCACUGACCAUUACUCUGUUGAACUGUCUGGACACCAGGGCAAUUCACCUACCACUGACCAUAACUCUGUUGAACUGUCUGGACACCAGGGCAAUUCACCUACCACUGACCCUUACUCUGUUGAACUGUCUGGACACCAGACAUAUUCUAACUUUGUCAUUCCUGAACGAAACAACCAUGGAACUAACACAUUCAGUAGUUGA